AUGGGAGAAAACCUCAUUGUGGAGAACAACUUCUUGAUUCUGAACUUGAAGCGCAUCGUGCAGAAGCAGGAGAUGGAGAUCGUACCAGGUGACAUGAUCGCUCCGCUGGCUUUCGACGAGACUUUUCUGCAUCCUUUCGCGGAUGUGAAGAUCUUCUUUCAUCCCAGACAUCAUGACAUGUCAUCAUCAAACGAUCCGUCCAAUCAUCCUGAAGCUCUGCACACGCGAGCUAACUCUCCCUUCGAAACUCUCCUAGACAACAUCAUAUCCGGUGCUGCCAACGCAAACAGGGCGAACAAGGUCAAUCACACGGUUGAACAUGCAACGAAGAUCAUCAACAACUACACGAGAUCACUGACCAGCAUUGUGUCGAUGUCUUCUAUCCUCUCUCUCGCUGCCGACAAGAGGCUGUUACGAAAGUUUUGGCCAUCGACAAGGGUCGUGUUGGGCAUGAAGUCCUGCAGGCUGCUCAACGCGCAACUCCCGCUUGCUAUGAAGAGAACCAUCGUGUUUGCUUCCAGCAAAGUCACUCCGAGCAUGUCAGAGAUGGCGUUGUGGCUGACGAGGUUCAAGGGCUACGUAGAGAUCCAAUGCAAGCACACCAGGUUGAACAAGAUACAGCAGAGGAUUCUUACCAGCCUGCAAGUCUGUGAGAGUAGCGCUGACGAUUUUGACCUGACGAUUCUUCACGAAUGUGAGAACCUCAAGUUGUUGGACCUGACUGGGCUCGGGCUGCGGCUGGAUCAGGCGCAGAUGCUGAGUGGAUUCAUUUCUGACUGCAAGGAGUUGCACACUUUACUUCUUGGCUACAACAUUCUGUACGACCGUGGAGUUGAAAUUAUGUCAGAAGCGUUCCACAAGCUGCACAAACUGAAAGUGAUCAGCUUGAGUGGAAAUCAGGUGUCGCACGUUGGGGUCAACAAUCUGUUUUCUAGCUUGUGCAAAUCUCCCGUUGCGGCGAGUUUGAACAAGCUUGAUCUCAGCUGGAAUAAGUUCGGAAGAGAUGGGGCCAAGGUUAUGGGAAGCUGCUUAUCCACCAUGACCAGCCUGUCCGUCCUGAUUCUUACUGGAUGCUCUCUGAAGGAUGACUCCCUGCCAUUCAUCAUGGACAACCUGCCGACGAGUGUGACGAUGCUGGGGCUGGGCUACAAUGAAGAGCUACACCUGGAAAACAAUCAGGUUGGCCCGGACGGAUUCUGCCGGCUCAUGUCCGGCAAUCCUUCCAGCUCCAUCCGAUCGAUCAACAUCAUGUGGAAUAAAAUCGCAGGGGGGCAGGUCAAGAAGCUGAGAGAAGCUCUAGCAAACUGCUCCCUUCAGUCCCUCAACCUCGCCUCCAACGACUUCGGCAUCGCUGGAGUCUCCUCCCUCGCCUCCUCCCUCUCCUCCUGCUCCUCCCUCCGCGAUCUCAACCUUGCCGCAAACCGCUUCGGCCCCCUUGGCAUGCAGGCGCUGCUGCGUCCCCUUGCAGAGAGCAGCUGGAUCGUUCUGCUCGACCUCUCCCAUAACGACAUAGAGGACGCUGGGGCCGUUCACUUAUCUCAAGCUAUAUCCUCCAGCUGGAAGUUGAGAGCCCUGAAUCUCAGCGGGAACAAGAUUGGAGCCCAAGGGUUGUUGCCGCUCACUAGAAGUCUGUCGCUGUGCAUGCACCUCGAGGAUCUGAUCCUGAGCUGGAACCCGUUCGGCGACGAAGGAGGCGCGGCCCUGCUCUCGAUGAUCCCCAAGUGCCGCCGCCUGCAGGCUCUCGAGAUGCAGAGCUGCCACCUGAGCUCGGACGGCAUCGAAGUCUUUCAGACGAGCUGCAUACUCCGAGGAAAAGUGAACGUUUUACUAUAG